GAUACCACUCUUUAACAAACUGUGCAUCACACACAGACUAGUUUGUUUGUUUCUCUAACCAAUUCUACCACCUUUACAUAAACAUUUUGCUCUAUGUUUCUUUACAAAUCACACUGUGCUGUGUUCUUUGUUAAACAGAAGAUGUCUGCUUCUAUCUUCAAAUCUCCUGUUCCUGCAUCUGGUUACGUUGGCUUAGCAACCAGCCCUUCCAAAAUUUUCCCAGCUAAAGACUCUAUCGGAUGGACCAAGAAAACUGUCUCCAAUUGUUCAAGAACUUGCUGCAUGAAGUCAUGGAAUCCGAUCAACAACAAGAAGUUUGAAACUUUGUCUUACCUCCCACCACUCUCUGAUGAUUCAAUUGCAAAGGAGAUUGACUACAUGCUCAAGAAGGGGUGGAUCCCUUGCCUUGAAUUUGACGAGGUGGGAUAUGUUCAAAGGGAGAAUAGCAGGAUGCCAGGGUACUAUGAUGGAAGAUAUUGGACGUUGUGGAAGCUACCCAUGUUUGGUUGCAUUGACCCUUCUCUGGUGCUCAAUGAAAUCCAAGAGUGCAAGAAAACGUACCCAAAUGCUUAUAUACGUUGUGUAGCAUUUGACAACCAGAACCAGGGUCAGUGCAUGGCCUUUAUCAUUCAGAAGCCAAACAUUGCAGCCACCACCAGUGCUUGAAGGCAAGAUUCAGUCUGGAAAACUCAGUCUUCUUUAAUUUCCAUUUUCACAUUCUCGCAGUUUUCUUCUUUUGCCUAUGGUAUGUAUGCAUAAC